GCCGCUGGCGCGCGCCGUGUGGGAGUGCGCGCGCCUGGGGUCUGCAACCGGCCCAACAGGCGACCACAAGGCACGUGUAAAGAACGCGGUGGAAACAUCCUCCAAGCCUUCGCCACCAAAUUCAUGUUUUCCACUGCCCUUUCGGGCCACAGGCUAUUUAUGAGCAUCCCUAAUUUUGUAGACAUGGCGUUCGAUAAAUACUUAUUAAGCUCCUCUUGUGUGUGAAGCGAUAGAAAUAUGAUUGAGAGGCCGUCUCUCCUCUAGAAGUUAUAGCCUAGAAGAGGGGCCCCGGUAGACGUUACGGCAACACACGCUUCUGGAGAUCUUGCUUGCAUCCCGCCAAAUCCAUCCGUGCCUUUACAACCGGCUCUAUGCGAGGCCUUGAGACUCGUAUAGUUAAACUGAGUUUAAGCAUGGAGAGUUUGCCUUAGCUGGCAAUUUUCCAAGCACAACACGUGGGCUCUUCUGUCUCUUGACAUCUCAUUCUCUCAUAGCUUUGAAAAAUCCUUUUGUUAGAUGCGAGGGAGAAGGAAAAUUCUAGGUCAUCUUUUAGAACUUUUUCCUCAAUUGAAGUCUUUUGCAGAAGACUGCACUCCGGGAGGCCCGCGUUUUUCAACCAAGGCUCAGGAGUGCAAAUCCAGGGCUCCUUGGUACGCUCGGCGGCGCUUUGCCUCCGCAUUCCCAGUAGCUUCCUCCCGAGGGGCCUCCCGCAUUGGACCGCCAGGUGGCGCCCUUCUCGAAGGGACUUCACCUCAGUCACAGAUGGCAGGGCAGUUACCUGGCAACCGAAACUGGGCGUUCCAAACAACUGGGACCCGGGAUCCUCCACGUGCAAAGUUUCGUGCGGCUGCGCGGGCCUCUCAUCCCUCAUAAGAGCGUCUCUCUCGGCAUUUUACCAUGCCUCCCACCCGAGACCCUUUCCAGCGCCCUACAUUGGAUAACGAUGAUUCCUACUUGGGAAAACUGCGGACUUCCAAGGUACUGUGGUUUCUUGCACAGAUUCUCAGCAGUGUCGACGGCAGUCUUCUAUCUGGCGGCAUGAGGAGCAGAGGCGCUAACUUGAAGGACUGUGGUGAAGGCACUGAGUCAGAUAACGGAGGAGUCUUUCACUCUCCCCUGUUUUUCCCCACACGAUCUUCUAGAAUCAAGAUCCAAUUCCCUGGAGAAUGUUUACCCCCUCCCCCGCUGCCCCCCAUCACUUCCCGAGCUAACAUCAGACACUGGAUCAACCCUAAGAAGGAGUCCAUCCACAGCAUCCAGGGAUCCAUAGUGUCCCCUCACACUGCAGCCACCAAUGGAGGCUACUCCCGAAAGAACGAUGGUGGCUUCUUCUCCACCUAGUGUUGACAGGCCCCCGGACUAAUUAAUCAUAGUGGAACAUCUGCCGCCCACCUCCAUUAAAUAGAUUUGUGCAAGAUGAA